AUGGGCAAUCCAGUGCCAGACCCAGCACCGCAACAAAACGUCAUUCAUGGCCACCAUCUUUUCCUCAUCUUGCUUUUGCUCCUUCACGGAUACUACAACUUUGUACGAACUGAAGAGUGGCUCAACGGAGCCUUGGGUCUUGUUAAAGAAGCUGUAACCAUCACCGUCGUCGUCCAGUUUUGCUUCGGCAACUACCACGCAAGCCGUGACAGCAGACGUCACGCCGCAGAGCGUAAUGUGCGGCGGGCUGCUCACGCGGCAAAUGUCACCGGCACCGUCUUUAUUGCGGUUGGGUUGAUUUGGGGCUGCUACGUGCUGACGACGCACGAGGACGAUGUAAACGACAAUGAGAAUGCGUUUAAUCUCAUGAACAAUAGGUUGUACCUUGUGGCGCUCAUGACCAUGGCAUUUUUCAUUCGGCUUUGCUUGUCAAAGCCUGGUGUUGAUGAGCUCGAGUUUUUCAAGUAUGUUUUGAGGUAUCCGUGGCGCUUCAUCUGGCCGGCGAGACGGAGCGAAAUGUUUAGAGGUGGUCAAGAUGGGCGUUGGUGA